CGCUCGUGGAACGACACCCUUAUUUGUGCGCAGUAUUUAGCUUUUUAGGACGCUUGCAAGAGCAGGCACAGGAGAGCAUGCACUGUGAGUCACCCUGUUAAUCACAGAAUGGAGAUAUGCGUAAAAACGCUGACGGGGAGAUCUGCGAGGGUGGUGGCAAGAGAUGGGGACACAGUGAAGGUGGUCAAGUCCAAAGCGGAAGCUGCGAUUGGCACAGCUUUGGGCAUGCAGCACCGACUCUAUCACAGGGGUGCUGCUGUGAAGGACAGCCUCCCCAUCUCCUCGUUAAACCUUGCUAACGGAGAGUUCCUGACCCUGAUAGGCCUUGUGUCUCGCAAGAAUCUCAUCAACGUUGCUCAGCCCGCACACACAACAGUCCCAGGCUCCAGUGGCCUGACUGGCCCUGAGGAGACGUCUCAUUCAGAACCAGCUCUCGGCACAGCUUCUCAAAGAGGGGCUCCUUUUGGGCCUCUGCAAACAGGAGUGUCAAAACCACCGGUUAUUCAGCAAAGCGCGACUCCCAGCAUUCCCUCCGCUCCUGCUGGCCAAUCAGCUGGCGCCCCUCCUGGCAGUGCGGCAAACGCAGAACCUCAGCCGUCGGGUUUCCGGUCAGUGGACGUUGAAGUCAUUGAGGCUUCCCCUGAUGUAGAUGUUGUCAGAGGAGGGCAGACAGUUGGUCCUCUCAGGAGCACUGUUGAGCCGCCUCACAAAGGCGCAACAGAUAUUCAAGGGGGACAUAUAGGAGGGAUUCUGAAUAGGAGGUCUGAAGAAGCAACGCCAGGCUCAGCGUCCCAAAUAAUCGAGCUAGAAGAAGGGGAGCGGAACCGCUUUGCAGAAGGGGGCAAGAACAUGCAUCCGGGCAUACCGAUAAAUGUUGCUAUCCUUUCUGAGCAACAGCCUGGCACUUCAAGGGCACAAGGGGGUGGUACUGAGCUGGGAGAUAAGCCCCCUGCUGAGCUGAGGGCCGUGCAAAUAGAGGGCAGCCAGGCAGGGGCUACAAGACAGCCUGCUAGGAAGAAGCUGGUCGAUAGCAUCAAUGCACUGAGUCAAAAGAAACUUCCCGAAGGGGCCAGGAAAAAGCUGGACGAAGGGGCGCUUGAUUGGGCGGAGACCGGGGUUUCUGAGCCCUCCGAUGGUGAAGGUACGGCCAGGAUUAUGCGGCAGGGAGCCGACGGUGGAGGAACGGAUUGUUGGCAAGAGCCUGGCGAAGAGGAAACCGAAGGAGUGCAGUCGAUGUAUGGAAGGGAGCAGGCGCGAGUCAGGGCGAAGAGGGACGGGAGGCGAGGACCGGGGGAGAUGCCCGGGUCAAUUGUGGGGGGGUUGCUGGAAGCGGCUGCCGCGAUACAGUCUGGAAAACGGGGGAGUUCUGAGGGGCCAGAGAGGGGGGUGGGACUGGAGGGGUCACCGCGGGGGAGGCGAAGGAGAGGAGUUGGUAGAGAUGGUCGGAAGAGGGGGGUGUCUAGGGACGGUGAGGGUGGCGAACACGUGGGGGGCCAGUUGAGGAGGAGACGGGUGGAGGAGUGGUCUGAUGACGAUGAUGACGUGGCAGAGGUGACGGAGGAAGGCGAGAGUGUCGAAAAGGAGGGGGAGGAAAAUGCUGCGGGCCGAGGGGGUAGGAGGAGAUCCACACAGCCAUCAGAUAGACGUGGUCACGACGGAGAAAUUGAUGCUGAGGAGGGUGACAAAUCAGAGCGCGACGGGGGUGGAGAACGGGAGUCGCCAGGUGCGGAGGAUGGGAAUGGAGGUAGCCCGGUUGAGAAACGGGGUAGGCGUGCGGUGGGGAGGCGUGAAAGGGAUGCGGUUGGAGAGACGGAGUCUGGAAACAGGAGAAAGCGGCUGAGAAAAGUGGGGCGGAAGAGCGUGCCUGAUCGGCAAGCCAAUGGAGAGGUUUCGGGAGCGGCAACUGCAGAUGGUCAGAGCGAAGAAGGAGGCACACAGGAAAAGCCCAGUGAAGGACUGCGGGGUGCGGAAGACAAGCCUGGGGAUGCGAACGAGGGGUUGGAUCCUGCAUUGAAGGAGCCGUCGAGGGCCAGAAAGCGGCGGAAGCUGGGGGUCAGUUUCCAGGACGGGAGCGUGGUCCUCGACAUCCGGACCAACUCUGGCGAUGCCGCCCUUGCUGACGUCAGCAUCGGGGACGAAGAGGUCAGCGCCCGGCCUGACGACGAGAACGGUGACGGCAGCACGCGGCGGCGGCCCCCGCGAAAGCGGAAAGGCCCCGUCGUGGACCUGUCUGACGAGGACCAGGGCGAGGGGCAGGCUGCAGAGAAGCCGCGAGCGGCAAAACGGGGCCCUUCAACUUCGGGGGGAAAGAAGGCUCAGGCGUUCGACCAUCUGGCGCUCCCCCCCGAACUGGCGCGAGUUGAGCGCGUGUUCAACGCGCUUAACGUGGUGUACAGCUUCCUGCAGCGGCAGCACGUGCAGUCCACGUGGCAGAACGUGAGGCGCGCGAUGCGUCAGACUCUGAAGGACGAGGGCGCUAUGUUGACGUCAGCGGACGUGGAGAGUCUGCAGGCGCUGUGCCCGCAGGUCGUGCUGCUGCGGAACUUCGUCGGGUUCAGGCCCCAGCGGGGCUUGACACCAGGGGAGACUAGCACGGCUGGAGCUGGCACUGAGACGGGGGUUGGUGUCAAUCGUGGCGGGAUGGAAGAAUCUCACCGAGAUAAGCCGGAAGAGGAGAACGUUGUGAAGUUGGAAACGGAUGAGGAUGACAUGGACGAGAUGUGGGUUGCUGGUGCGACAAGCGAAGCAGGAAAAGCGGAGGAUCCGGAUGGGGACUACUCGUUCACAAUUGAUAUUGUGGACCCCUUGCGAGGGCCGGGAAGCUUGCAGCGGGUUCCGGUCAUCUCGCCGGACGAUGGCACCGACUUUGUUUCGGGCGGCUUCAAGCCAGUCCCCCAGCUGCGAAAGCAGUCGGACAAGGAGGUCACCAACUUGAUAGAGCGCCGCCGCCGCGCGUUCAAAUCCCGCAUCGUCGAGUUAGUCGGCCGGUUACACCAAACCUGGGCCGCUGACCAGCCUGACGCUUCCGAUGAGGAAGAUUCGCCCGCCGGCUUCGACCCCUGGAAAAAGGGCACGUGGCACCCGGACUUCCCGCUCGCUGACGUGGCCCUGCCGGAGCUGCUCGAGGCGGCAAAGCAGGUAGACGCUGACGUCAGCAAGGCUCCCUCUGACGCCCGCAAGCGGCGGGGCUUAGGGUUCCGGCGUGGUUACGUCCCAAUCAUUUCGAAUCUGGAGCAGACGGAACGCGGUGAUCCUGACGUGGCCGUUUUGUUGGAGGACCUUAGCCGGGUGUACGGAAUCAAUCUAGGGGGCCGCACCGCGGGCUCGCCUGACCCCCCCGGUCCGGACUCACCGCCUGAGGGGGGUGAAAGUGGCGGGGAGGAGAUCCCCAAGGACAUUCCGCGCCCGCCGAAGCAGCUGAAGAAAGUGCCCCGGUGCGAGAGCACGCAGAACUUCGAUUCGGUGGAGAUGUUGGAGCAUCUGAAGGGGGGGCUCGGGAGUCUGGGACAGGUGGUUCACACCGAAAUGAUCACGGUCAGGCAGCCGCAGUUCCUGGCGCCUUCGGUGCAGUUCUCGGAGGGGGUGCGGAAGGUGCUGGAGACGAAAGGGCUCAUAGCGGGCCAGCUGUUUACGCAUCAGGCCAGGGCAAUCAACGCUGCAAUCAACGGGCGCCACGUCGUCGUCGCCACAUCGACCGCGAGCGGCAAGUCGCUCUGCUACAACCUACCGGUUCUCGAAGCGGUUCUGGCGGGCCACCAAGCUUCCGCCGGCGUUGAGAAUCAAUACCCCGAGUUUGAGACUCAGGCUUCCGGCCCCGCCUGCGCGCUGUACUUGUUCCCGACGAAGGCGCUCGCGCAGGAUCAGAUGCGCGCGCUGGGGGAGCUCACGGCGACACUUGAGAUGCGGCCUAGAGUGUGCGUAUAUGAUGGCGACACCCCGUUCGGCGAGCGUCCGGAGAUGCGCGAGAACGCGGACGUCCUGAUCACCAACCCGGACAUGCUCCACGUGGCCAUGCUGCCAGCGCACAAGCAGUUCCGGCGGAUACUCACGAACCUCAGAUACGUGGUGGUGGACGAGGCGCACGCUUAUGGGGGCGUCUUCGGUUGUCACACGGCGCUCAUCUUGCGGCGCCUCCGCCGGGUGUGCGCCCAGGUGUAUGGUUCCCACCCCACCUUCGUCGUCUGCAGUGCCACCGUGGCGAAUCCCAAGGAGCACGCGCAGGAGCUGAUCGGCAUCGACGACUGGGAGGUGGUGACCGAGGACGGCAGCCCCCGGGGGGAGAAGAUGUUCGUCAUGUGGAACCCCCCGCUGACGUCAUCCCCCGCGGGCAAGGGCAAGGGCAAGAUCAAGGAGUACGUCGCGCUCGUAAGGCAGGGCCGGGUGAUGCCCGUCGCGGAGCAGUCGUAUGCGGAGCGGAUGAAGAAGAAGGCCAUCGAGGAAGGCACCAACGAGAACGAGUUCCGCCGCUCGAGCCCGAUCGUGGAGGUCGCCCUUUUGCUGGCGGAGUUCAUCCAACACGGACUGCGCUGCCUCGCGUUCUGCAAGACGCGCAAGCUGUGCGAGCUCGUGCUGACGUAUACCCGGGAGACGCUCAAAGUGACGGCGCCGCACCUUAUACAUACCCUCAAGUCGUAUCGGGCGGGCUAUACGCCGGCGGACCGGCGGCAGAUCGAGGCGGACCUGUUUGCGGGGAGGCUGAGGGGGGUCUGCGCCACUAACGCCCUCGAGUUGGGCGUUGACGUGGGCAGUUUGGACGCGACCCUCCACCUUGGUUACCCGGGCAGUCAGGCCAGCCUGUGGCAGCAGUCGGGGCGGGCCGGGAGACGAAUUUCUGACCGGGGCUCGCUGAGCGUCUACGUGGCCUUCGGAGGGCCGUUGGAUCAGUACUUUAUGCGCGACCCGCAGCGGCUCUUUGGGCGGCCCAUUGAAAACGCGCAGGUCGACUCCCGCAACUGGAAGUGCCUCCUUCAGCACCUCGCCUGCGCGGCCGUCGAGAACCCGCUCCAGUUUGGCGUCGACGACCACUACUUCGGGGCAAGCAUGGCGGACGCUAUAAAGGAACUCUCCAGCCAAGGAAGGCUGGGGAGGAACUCUAGAGCUCCCGGAGGGGCGGCCGGCGCGCUGCACUACAUCGGGCUGGAGAAGUCGCCGUCAAAGGGCAUGAGCCUGAGAGCGAUCGAUCCGGAGAAGUACGCAGUGGUCAAUGAGGCGACGAACGAGAUCAUCGAGGAAGUAGAGGCCAGCAAAGCGUUCUUUGAGGUGUACGAGGGCUCCAUCUAUAUGCACCAAGGGAAGACUUACCGCAUCGAAGACCUAGACCUAGAGACCAAGAUUGCUCGCUGCAAGGAGACCACCGUGAGAUAUUACACGAAGACCCGCGACAUGACGGAAGUCCACGUCAUCGGUGGCAACCUGGCGUACCCGGGGAAAGCCCCCGACCCCGCCCGCUACCCGUUCACAACCGCGAAAUGCGGGCGGGCCAACGUCAGCCUGACGUUUCUCGGGUUUGUCAAGAUCUGGCGUGGGACGGGCGAGGUGUUCGAUAUGGUCGACCUGUUCCUGCCCCCUGUAAAGUACACAACACAGGCCGCCUGGGUGCGCGUCCCCCACGAGGUGCGCCUGGAAGUGGGCGAGGGGUUUAGGGAGGGUUUGCACGCGGCCGGCCACGCGAUCCUCAACGUACUGCCGCUGUACGUCAUGUGCAGCCCAAAUGACAUUGGCUGCGAGUGCGCCUCUCCCGACGACACCCGGUUCCGGCCGGAGCGCCUUCUGGUGUACGACAAGCAGCCGGACGGAAUCGGAAUUGCGGUGCAGGCCCGGCCAAUGUUCGCGGAGCUGUUGCAAGCCGCUCUAGAACUUCUCGAGGCGUGCGAGUGCACGCUCUCCGACGGCUGCCCCGGGUGCGUCCACCACACCGGCUGCGGCGAGUACAACCGCUGCCUCGACAAGCGCUACGCCAUCGCCAUCCUCAAGAGCGUCAUUGCUGCCGAAGCCGUCCGCAAAGAGCAGGGGACAUACGAAGCGGACACCGGAGAAGAGGCGGGCUUCUUCGAGGACGCGACACGUGGCGACCCUUCAGCCUCAACGGCAAAUGAGGAUCAGCCACGUGCCAAGGGGCCCGAAGUCGUUUACGGAAGAGAUCAGACCUGGGAUGAGACGCUCAAGUCCAUUGAAGAGCUGUUCCCGUUAGAAGGAGGCUUGUAAAGUUAACAUUACCCUGCUGUAUAUCUCUAGAAGCCUUUGAAGCUUAGAAACAAACCAAGUCUGGUUCAUACCAUGCUGUACUACCAAGUCAACGAGAUCAAGAAUCUGCUUCGGCAAACAAGUGUGUGCACACUUGAUUUACGAGCGGAAGCGUUUCCAGGCGGCUGGUUUAUGGCUGCCCAGAGACUCAGCAUUAAGCAUUGAGAACCAGCAUUUGCUUAUGGGGCCUUGCAGGCACUUGAGAGACAUUGAGCUCUGGUUGUUGUGCUACUAGGCAAGUCACCUUGACACCUAAGGGAAGCACUUGGUACCUUCUAUCACG